CUCUUCAGUUUGGCGGUCUCGGAUCUCAUUUUUCUCAUAUUUGGACUGCCUACGGAAGUAUUUUUAUAUUGGCAUCAGUAUCCGUUUUUAUUUGGUCUAACAUUUUGCAAAGUGCGGGCCUAUAUAUCAGAAGCUUGCAGUUAUGUUUCCGUCUUUACCAUUGUGGCAUUCUCCGUCGAACGCUAUUUAGCCAUUUGCCAUCCAUUGAGCUCGUAUGCCAUGACCGGCUUUAAGAGAGCCUUACGAAUAAUCGGAGCCCUCUGGUUGCUAAGCUUCAUUGCUGCCAUACCAUUUGGGUGGCUAAGUGAAAUUCAAUAUCUCAGCUAUCCUCCAGACAACGAAACAAUUUGUGACUCGGCAAUGUGUGCCAUGUUCCCACCCGAAGAAUGGUAUAUUUUUGAGGCAUCAUUCCUGUUCUUCUUUCUCAUACCCAUGGUAAUGAUCUUCUAUUUCUAUGGUCGUAUGGGUGCUGCAAUACGGGCCAGAACGGAAAAGAAAUUAGGUGUCCAACAAGGAUCCAUGCACAAGGCCCCGAGACAUGAACAAUCGCGGAAGGCCGUAAUUCGUAUGUUGG